AUGAGAUCAUAUAUUUCACAACUACGUACAUCAAGAUCCUAUUUUGCUUGGAUAGCUGGUAUAUUGUUAAGUAUUGCCUUGACAUUAUUCAUCAUAAGUCAUAUUCAUGUCCGUUGGAGUGUUUUUCCAUUCGCAUAUCGAAAUAUUGGUUCAGUUUAUAGUGGUUUAUGGUAUCGACAUGCAGUUUAUAGUGGAAGAUUAGUAAAAUUUAGAAUAACAUGUGCAAAUGAAAGAUUGCCAUGUAUUAAACUCAUUCUAGCACGUAUCUUUAUGGUUAUGGCUUGUAUUACAUCGAGUAUUGGAGUUAUAUGUCUUUGUAUUAUUUCUAUCUUUAAAAAUUUCUAUAAAUCUAUUAUGUAUAUCGGUGGAUUCGGUUUGGCUUGUCUUUCUUUCAUAUUCGGUUUAACGGGCUUUCUAUUUGGACUUGGUUGGAUUAUUCAAUUUGAAAGAGAUAAACUUGGUAGUGCUGCUAUCUGUGCUUUAGUUGGUUCAUUUUUUUCACUUGUUAGUGGCAUUUGUGCUUUUUUUAUUAAUUCAAAAGAAUCUAUCUAA